CCUCGUCUGUCAUAUGCAAAGCGAAAGGAAGGGUCGAUAACUUAACCGGAGGGCGUUCAAAAAAAUCUGUUUUCUACUCACUUAAGAAUUUGUAUUACUUUAUAGCGCAGAUGGUAGCCAAGUCUGCUGUUAGUGCGUUAGGUUAAGGACAAAGCUAGAGUUUUUUUUUAAAUCUAGUUUAUGUUUGUUUAGCUGCUGUUAUCACGUCUGACUGCAGACUCCUGCUGUCCAAACACACGGCGCCUUUGUGGCGAUGACUGCGGAUUUACUAUCUGAUCUGGACACCCGAUUCUUCGCCGAUAACCUGUUGACGAGCGAAGAUUGGGAUGCCUGCCUGUUCAAGUGCGAGAGCAUGGAGGAAGGAGAGGACGGAGACUUCAGUCCAGGGUUGAAAUGUGAAACAUCGUUUGACAAUGACCUCGUGCUCACCCUCGAUCCUGACAACCGCACGUCGCCAUGGCGAUACCUUGACGACAACCUUCUCACAGGAAACACUUCAGUGAUUAAAAAUGAGAUGACAUUAACUGAGCCUCUACCUGUGGAAAUGUUGUUCCAGGUCAAGGCUGAGCCUCCGUCUCCUGCUUCCUCGCUGGACUCUGACUCUUCGACCUCAUUACCUGAUCCAAAGGUUACAAUUAAAGCAGAAAACCCUCCAACUCCUCCCUACAUGUAUGGAGAUGUGCUGUCGCCGCCGCUGGGAGCGAUGGAGGUAACCGUGGCGACGACAGCGGUACCCCCACCCCAGUCCCAGAUACCCACAGUGACCCAGACACAGCUGCAGGCGCCGUUAACAUCUGUCCCAGCGGUCAUCGCUGGCAUACAGACACAAGCUGCAGUCCUGCCGAGCACCGCGACAUUAAAAGCCAGCACCAUCAUCAGCACUAAACCCCCCAUCCAGCCCCGACCCGUGUGCGUUGCCACGCUCCCCGUCCCCCAGAGCCCCGCGCCGGCAAAGACCCUCAUAUUGCAGGGGCUUCCCUCCAUGGAUCAGACCAGACCUGUUGUCCUCUCUCCAUCCGUCUGCCUCAGUUCGGCUCCAGCCAUUGUCAAAAUGGAGCCCGUGUCCCCCAGCAUCCCCCAGCACUGCUCCAGCCCAACCGCCUCCGCCACCAGCAAACCCAUCGUCCCGGCGACCACGCCGUUACCCAGCAACAACCCCAACGACAUUGAUAUGAAGGUAUUAAAGCGGCAGCAGAGGAUGAUAAAGAACAGAGAGUCUGCCUGCCAGUCGAGAAAGAAAAAGAAAGAGUAUCUGCAGAACCUGGAGGCUCAGCUGAGGGAAGCCCAGCAAGAGAACGAACGUCUGCGCAGGGAGAACCAGGCGCUGAGGGAGAGACUGGCUGUGAAGGAGAGCGGCGACUCUGCAAGCAACAAGAGGGCUGUGUGCGUCAUGGCCGUUCUGCUGUUCAUGACCUUCAGCUUCGGCCCCGUCAGCAUCACCGACAGGAAGCUGUCGACCAGUUUGCCGGAAGAUCUGGUGUCGUACACGGGCCGCCGGCUGCUGGAGAUCGAGCGGCUGCAGCAGAAGCACCAAGCCGUCCCUCAGCCCCUCAGUGAAGUGGAGGACAAGGAGGAGAAACAGGAGGCCGGAGGAGACGAGCAGUGGAAGAGAGGAGAGGCGGAGAAAUACGCUCCGGAGUCUUAUCAGUUCCGAAACCUGAGCGACAUCUUCAGUGACAUGAAGGACCUGGCUCUGCCGGACAUAGAGCGGUUCUUCACCUCUUCAGACUGCCGGCAGUUCAACCGCUCGGAGUCGCUCAGGCUCGCAGACGAGCUGAGAGGUUGGGUUCAUCGACAUCAGAUCGACCGGAAGAAGUCUGGAGGAAAACCUAAGAUAGCCAAAAAAGCUAAGAUCGCCCAGCAGAAAGCUCAGCUGAGGAAGGCAAACAUUUCCAGAUAUCUGCCAAUCCAGGCUCACCGCUCCAUAGAAAGUCAGCUGAGGGUGCUUCCCGGCCCCGAGGUCACCUACAGCGACUUCCUGGACGCCAUCGACCGCAGAGAAGACACCUUCUACGUCGUGUCUUUCAGGAGGGACCACCUGUUGCUUCCCGCCAUCAGCCACAACAAAACCAGUCGGCCUAAAAUGUCUCUGGUGAUGCCGGCCAUGUCUGUUAACGAGAGCCUCUACAACUCGUCUCAGGGCUACGAGAUGAUGAUGCAGGUCGACUGCGAGGUCAUGGACACGCGCAUCGUCCCCAUCAAGUCCUCCGCCGUCCCUCCGUCUCUCCGUGACCCCACCCCGCCGCCUCCCUCCUCCCAGCACGGCGCCCACCAUCACCAUAGCAACAACACCUCACUCAGAGGGCGCCACCAGCACCACCCCUCCUCCUCCUCCUCCUCUCCAAGGCAGCCUCUGCCCGCCCGGACACAAAAACCCGAAUACUUGCUCAGCCAGUCAGAAGGAGUCUGACGGGGCGUCGACACGAUGAUGAUGAUGAUGAUGGUGGGAGAGGAAGAGGAGUCUGAUGGUCGAAGGUUGGUCACACAGAUGAAGAAUCUAUGGAAACCUUGUUAGUUUGAGAAGCUUUUUGAAUCUCUUCACUAAACGGAAAAGGUUUCAGAGACGGUUAAAAUCCAACAAAAGUUGCUGUAAAAUUCUGUAAGUUUAUCUAGUGUUUCGACAGUAACUGGUACUGACACAACUGGGAGGAAACUACAUGAAAUUAUUUCAUAAUGAAUAAAUAAAUAAAUAAAUAUAUCCCUAAAAUAAGGCGACACAAAGAGAGCAGCAGCAGUACUUGAAAAGGACCGGUUUUAUUUCAGAGACAGCUCUGUAAAAUUCCCUUAACAGUCAAAUCUUUAUCAAAUCAGACUCUUUAAUGAGCUUUCUUCAUCUUGAACAGUUUGAAGUUCUUUGUUUCCUUAAACCCAUCCCCGCUCUUGUUCUGUAGACAGCAGUUAUUGAAGGUGAAAUGGACAUCUCUGUGUUUAGAGAUUAUACGCAGGGUUUCAGUGUUGACUGACAUCAAGGAGAUCAUUAUUUUUAUUUUAUUUUAUUUUUUGGAGCAGUCAGAGAUUUAAGGAUUUUGGCUUUGGGCUUCUAGGGCUAAGAAGUUAGGUAAUCUGAGUAAAAGAAGUCAUGAUACACAUAUUUAUAUACUUUGAUUAUUAAAAUGGCAUAAAUCUAGUUUUCCUGUAUCUAAAAAAAUACAAAUAACUGAAAAGGCCUUGACAUUUUGUUGUAAAUACAGUGUUUCUAAAAGUGUGAACAUUUGACUCAGCACUAAUGGCUGCGACGUGACGGAUCGCCCUUAUUGGGUUAAACAGUAAGCCAGAUUCCAGAUGUGUUUUUUUUGUUUUUUAAUGUUAAAACCUAAAAUUUUAUACCAGACUCUUACUUAUGCUUGAUUUCAGCAUUCAAACAGUCACUAUAUGACUGCUGACUCGAGUUCAGGUCGACCAAUACUGUAGAAACGGUGAGUUUUAGCUACAUUUGGUCUGAUAAAUGUAAGAAUUACUCCAUCACUUCUCAACCAUCUGGGGAGGCUGCAGAUUUGUUCAGCCCUUUAAUUUCGCCCAUUUGUCUUUUGUCAGAAUAUUUAUCUGUUAUCUUUUGAAAUAAAAAAAAAUAACUAAUUUAAAAAAAAAAAAUUACAAAAACGCAGCAAUUAGUGGGUUAUGAUUUUCUUUUCUGUUUAAUUUAAAUCAUUUUGAAAGUCAAAGACCCCGCUUCAUGCAUUACCUGUCACUUUUUAUCCGUGUGUUUUUUUUUUAUGUUAUUUAAUAUAUGUAAAUAUGACUGUAGAUAUUUUGUUUGUAUUUUGUCACAUUUUCCAAUUUUUUUAUAUUUCACUUUCACAACAAAAAGUAAAAAGCUGAUAAAACCUGUGAAGUUUUUUUGUUUUUGUUUUUUUUUUUUUUGGUCAUGAAAAUGCAAUAUUUUAUAUUUCCGUGUUCUGUCCAGUGGACCAACCAGCCUCUCUAUCUCUGUUCAGUGUGAACUGAACUGGUAAUAUUAGACACAUUAUUUGUUAUUGUACAUAGAAAUCAUACUUUUUUUUAUUGUUUAAGAAAAAAAUAUCAGAUGAUUUGUGCCUGAUUAAGGAUUUCCGACAUGGGAUUUUAACACUGAACUGGUAAUGAGUUUAAUUUUACACCUACAUAAUAAAAUUUCAUAGUUUUUUUUUUUUUUUUUUUUUUGUUUGUUUUUUGUAGUGGCUGAAUGCAAAAUGCAAGAUUAGACUUUAGCAUCACUCCCUAAUCAUCUUCCAUCGAAUCCGCCCACUCUGCAUGAUGGACACUGUUCAAUCGGGCGUAUACUUGAGUUUAAGGGUAUCUCAGUUUGUGCAGCUUUGAUGUAAAUACUUUUCUUGUUUUAUAUGUGGUUCGUGGGAUUUAGAACCAACAGGAACUGUUUCGACAGAAAUCUUCCCUGGAACGUAUUUUUGAUUUUUUCUUUUCUUUUAUAUUCAAAAUAAAAAUUUGAGAGGAAACGAGUCCAUUUCCUGAAAAGUGGAUUUUCUAUUUCAUUUUAUUGUAUUUAAUUUUUUUAUGUAUAUAUUUCUUACAGCCUGUGGAAACUGAAACAACUCAGCCAAAGUUUGUUAAUGAACCUCCGUUACUGUAGACACAGUCACAUUUCUUCCCUUUUUUUUAUGUUUCUGAAGCCUUUAGCUCACUGCUGGGUUCUGGAUGAACACGAUCACAGAAGAGUGCAUGUCUGAUGGAAAAGUGUAUGAAUCAGGUUUGUUUUUGUGUUUUUUUUUUAUUUUUAUUUUUUUUUUUUUUAUAUGAAUUCUGAAUGAUUUUACAUUUUGUAUAAAGGGAUGCCAGGAGAAGGAGCUGAUAUCAUUUAGACGGGGCCUUUUUUUAUUUUUUAAUGGGGUGGUGUAGAUUGAAGAUGGGGAGGGACAAAAAAAGGUCUGGAUUUAAAAGGUUUGUAUGAAGUUUUUUGAGCAAUGAUGUCAAUAAAACCGCUCAUUCACUGAUUA